AUGGGUUGCGGUUACGGUGCGGUGUUGUUUUCGAGAGCCGCGAAUUUUAAGUUUUUGAGAAAGGAAAUCGAAUCUUGCUUAUCAACGCGAAACAGUUCAACAAUUUUCGGACUAUCCUCAGGAUUCGGAAAAUGCGGCGUUUCAGUGAUUCGUGUUUCCGGCGACGCAUCGCGCGAAAUCUUGUGCCGGAAGACACGCCAGAAAUCCUUACCUACAGCACGGAAAGCCCUCUUGGCGAGGAUAUAUCACGGCCGUACGAAUGAAAUGAUUGAUCGAGGACUUCUGCUCUGGUUUCCCGGCCCUAAUAGCUUCACAGGAGAGGAUACGAUCGAGUUCCACGUGCACGGCGGAUCGGCAAUCAUUGCAGCGAUGUACGAUAGCUUGGCAGCAUUUCCCGAUGUACGAAUAGCCGAACCGGGAGAGUUCACCAAGCGAGCGUUCUAUGCGGGAAAGAUGGAUCUAACGGAAGUCGAAGGUUUAGCCGAUCUGAUACACGCCGAAACGGAAGCACAGAGGCGACAGGCACUGCGGCAGGCAAACGGUCAGCUGGCCACGUUCUACAAUGGCAUGCGUGCGCGCCUCGUGAAGGUGAUUGCUGGCGUAGAAGCGUACAUAGAUUUCGCCGAAGAUCAAGAUGUUGACGAUGGUGUACUGGAUGGUAGCAUAGCUGAGGUCCGGGCGCUGAUAGAAGAACUGAAAGCUCACCUGAACGAUAACCGACGUGGAGAGCGCCUCAGGACAGGCGUUCGGACGGCCAUCGUUGGAGCACCGAACGUUGGCAAGAGCAGUCUGAUCAAUUUGCUCAGCCAACGCAACGUGUCGAUCGUGACCAGUAUCGCCGGAACUACGCGAGAUAUUGUGGAAUCGCAUUACGACAUCGGAGGCUACCCGGUGGUACUGGCCGAUACCGCCGGUCUUCGUUCGAAAACGGAUGAUAUUGUCGAAAGUGAAGGCAUUGCGCGAGCAAAAGCGUACGUUGAAAGCGCUGACUUUGUGGUGCUCGUUAUCGAUGCUUCCCGAAUCGAUGGCCACGCAAUCGAGGUGGAUUCGUAUGUAGAACAAUACAUCGCUUCGGUCGGAUUGGACAAAGCGUUGCUAGGGAAUGCGAUGGUGGUCUUUAACAAAUGUGACCUCGUAGACGAGCAGCUGCUAAGCAAGCUGAGAAGCAACCAACGGUUCACACUUUUGUCGUGUGAGAAUAAAUCGGGCUUACCGGAACUGCUUGCCACAAUGAGCACCCAUCUCGAGCGCUUGUGUGGUAGCCCCGGAAUAGAAAACCCAACCAUCACUCAGGAACGCCAUCGAUACCACCUGAAGCAGUGCCUGGAAUGUCUCGAGCGAUACGGGGAAUACUUUGCCGAAACACCGGAAGCUGCCCGAGACCUUGCCAUUGCCACGCACCAUCUGCGCAAUGCCGUACGCAGUAUCGGGCGGAUAACGGGAUCCGUGGAGACUGAGGAAAUACUCGAUGCUAUAUUUAGCACCUUUUGUAUCGGAAAAUAGAGUAAACGAUAGUAAACCAACGCAAUGC